AUGGACCGUCUGACAGAUGCCAUUAGUGCUGAUCACCGCGAGUUGCAGGCAUACUUCGAUCGCUUGGUCCAUAGCGACGACCCUGAUGAGCAGACUCGCUUCCAAAAUCAACUGACCUGGGGGCUUGCGCGGCACGUCGUGGGUGAAGAGCUUGUUCUUUUCCCCGCGCUGGACCGAUACCUGGGACCUGGCGAAGCGACCCAAGAUCGGCGCCAGAAUCAAACGAUCAAGGAAAAGUUACAGGUCUUUCAAGACCUUGCCGCCUCAGACCCGCGUUUCAUCUCAACUGUCACCCUUCUCAUGGAUGAUCUGGCCUCUCACGCUCACGUCGAAGAAUCGAAAGACCUGGUCAAACUUGAGGGGGCCAUCACGGCGGAGGAAAGCAAGCGGCUGGCCAAGUCCUUUGGCCGCACGAAAUGGUUUGCGCCCACACGAGCUCAUCCCAAUCUCCCAGCUUCUCCAUACCCGACUGUCUCGAGUUUGAUGGCCGCUCCAAAGGAUCAUUUAGUGGAUAUAUUUCGCAAGUGGCCCGAUCCGGAGGACCUGCCUCAUUUAGACUAA